GUCAUUUAUUUGGCUUUGGUGUUUGACGAAAGAACAAAAUAAAUUUUGUGCUCUAUUGUUUUGUGAAAAUUUGUUGGAUUUUUUCAGUAAAAUGGCUACACAACCAAUGAAGUGGAGCAGAAAAGUUAUUUCUCGACGGAACAAAAAGCUUGCAGCUAUGUCGACGGAGUAUGAUCGGCAGAAUAUGUUGGGUGAUGAUGAUGCGGGAACAAGCGGAGUGGUGCACCGUAAUAUCGGUUUAACAUCCCAGUACGAUGAUCCAGAAUACGAUGCAGAAGUGCUUAUGGGAACAUCGUCUCACAACAGCGAUACCGAUUACAUCAGUGAUCGUUCUUCUGAAAGCGAAACCGACGCCGUGGCUGAAGGGUCCACAACUGCUCACAACUGCAACAACCAUAGCGAUAUUGGUGAAUGUUUGCGAACUUGGGCAGUUGUACGUAAUCAGCCACGCUCGUCGGUAAAUGAAAUUUUAGCUAUUUUGGGAAUAUGGACAGAUUUACUUCUUCCCAAGGAUUCUCGCACGCUAUUGAAAACGCCAAAAACCAUCGGGGAAGAGAUACAAUCGAUAGCGGGCGGCGAAUUUUGGUACAAAGGGAUAGAAAAUAAUCUCGUCAAUUAUUUUAAGUCAACUGUUCCAUCAAUCGACGAAUUGUCGAUACAGGUAUCCACCGACGGACUCCCUCUUCAUAGAGGUGGACCUACACAGCUCUGGCCCAUCCUUAUGAAGAUUGUAGAACUGCCCUCAGCCCCAAUUAUGAUGAUCGCAGUGUUUUGUGGACCAGCAAAACCAACCAGUCUGGAAGUAUUUUUAAGACAGUUUGUAGAGGAGGCAAAUGACAUUCAUCGAAGGGGAUUGCGGAUCGGAGAUAAAAUGAUAAAAUUCUCGAUCCAAGCUAUUAUUGCAUAUUCUCCUGCGCGGGCUUUCCUUAAAGCAACAACCUACUUCAAUGGAUAUCACGGUUGUAUGAGGUGUACCUGUGUUGGGGAAUACUAUAAACCUGGAAAAAAAAUUAUUUUCGACUCCGUUGGCGCUCCUCUACGAACGCACCAUGGAUUUAAAUCUAGGGAUUGUCCGGGUCAUCACCAGGAAUGGCGUUCACCCCUGGAAGACCUUGAUAAUUUUGAUAUGGUGGAUAAAUUACCGACUAGUUGUGGGUUGCACUUAUGCGAUGAGGGUGCGACUCGCCGACACUUGUGCGGUCUUAUAGGUGGAUCUGCAGCAAGGCUUGCGACAUGGAUACUGGACGAAGUUGAGUUUUGCGGUCCUGAUGAUUUGGUUUUCUUUGAUGUUCCAGGAAGCAAUAAGGAUGAUGCCGAAAUGAUGCUGGAUGAGGAUGUUGGUGGUCGGACGAGCUUCACUGGAGUGUUCACGGAAGUAUUGAUGAUGAUGCCGAGAGGAUGCGAGAUGAUGAUGCUGAUGUUGACAACUGUACCAGUUUUGCUGGGGCAUUUACGUUGAGGACUGGUCGGCAAAUUUGUUCAGAUUUGAUAAUUACUGGUCUAUUUGCCUGUUUUGCACUUUCAGGAGCUGAUGACGGUGAUGCCGAAAGGACGCGGGGCGAGGAUGCUGAUGAUUGCACGAGCUUCGCUGGGGCAUUCACGUGAAGGACUGGUCGGCAAAUUCGUUCAGAUUUAAUAAUCACUGGUCUAUUUGCCUGUUUCGCAGUGCAAGGAGCUGAUGACGGUGAUGCCGAAAGGACGCGGGGCGAGGAUGCGAUGGCUGACGAUUGAACCAGGUUCACAGGGGCAUUCACGUGCCAGGAGCCGAUAAUGGAGAUGCCGAAAGGACGCAGGAUGAUUUUUUUGACCAUUGCACGAGCUUCACAGGGGCAUUCACGGAAGGAAUAAUGGUGAUGUAGAUAUGGAUGUCUUUAAUGGUACGAGGGUCGCUGGUACUACCGAUGCCUGCGCUUUUACGCUGAGAUCUGGAAAUGAUGCCAUCGGUGCCGUUAUCGUUUUAUACACGUUGUUUGAAGCCAUUUCGCUAAACGUAUCCUAAAUGAACAUUUUGUUUAUUUAGUGAACCAUUUGAUUUCAAUUUAUCCUAAUUAAUAGGUACCUUUUUAUGUUUUGCAGAAAAUCCGACAGAAAUAAUAAAACAAAUUUUAGAUUUCAGCUUAUGAAGCAUCACCGAACAA